UGCCCCGCCCCCGGGCCGGCUCUCGGAGGAGGGGGAGCUCCUGUCGCCGCCGCCGCCGCCGCCGCCGCCUCAGCUUCCCGGGAGCUUCCCGCAGCCGCCGCCGCCGCCGCCGCCGCCGCCGCAGCCACCGCUCUGCUGGGUCCAGCCACCGGGCCCAGUGCUCUGACUUUGCCGGCGAUCUGCGGAGACACCUUCAUUCCUUCCUGGGGGUCCGGGGCCCCUAGCCUGGCUUAGAGGGCAGCUCCCCUUGCGGGAGACAGGGAGGGAGGAGCCUGAAGCCGGAGCCAGCUACACCCGUCGCCGGAUCAACAAGACAGGACAGGUUGAGGGGCGUCGGGGAAGAGGGGGUGCUGUAGGCAAUCCUGGGGAGGUCGAGGAAGCUCUGUUGCAGAAAUCCCUGUUUCUGACUUGUAGGGGGGGGGGUCUGUUCACAUUUGGGGACUGGUGACAACGUGGGUGCACUUCUCUCAGGGGGCUGAUUGAAUUGGAGGACGUGGGAUCUAAGCAGCACCAGCUGUCCCCGAGAAAAUUAAGGGGCAGUCAUAGAAAAUGCUCCUUGUUUGGAGGUGACAGAGCUCUCCAGACAAUCCCUGUCUAUAUGUACUAAAAAAGCAGAUUUGGAGGUGACUUCAAAGAAGAUCUGGAGGGUGACAAGGUGAGGAAAGGGUCUCAGCAGUUUGUGGUACGAGACAUGGGGGUGAACUGGUGAGAAAGGUAUCCAGAGAUUCAAUCUGGGCAUGCCUUGUCACUGAAGAGUGAUAGUUUGAAUAUUGUAAGACAGUUUGGGGGCUGGGGGGGGGAGAGUGGGGAUCCUCUCCACUGAGAGGGUGGCAGCGGAAAAGUCACCAAGGUUGGGUUCCUCCUUGACAUUGGCAUCGCCCCAGUAGGGGUGGAUGAGCAAAGAAUCCACACUUUUCCGAUUGUAAGAAAUAGGGUGAAACAUGCCUGGGGGUACUGGCACAUCUUGGAAAUUUUGAGGGUCUUGGCUUCGGGGAUAAGAAGUAGUGGGGAGAGGGACCCUGGGCAGCUGGAAGGGGGAGUUUUAAGCAGGAAGCCAAAGUGGAGGGUGGGUCCGCUGAGAGGUCCACAGGCUGCUGGGUCUGAAGGUGGGCAGGGGGCUUUAUCUUCAGGUCCUGUGGGUGGGGCGGUGAACUGGGACUUGGGCGUCUAGGGCAUGCCCUAGUGAGCUGGCUUCGGGGGCGAGUCCAGGGCGCUCCGGGCGCCUGCCGGUUUGGGGGUGUCUCCUCCGGGGGAGCCAUGGCGGCGCUGGCCAGUAGCCUGAUCCGGCAGAAGCGGGAGGUCCGUGAGCCCGGGGGCAGCCGGCCAGUGUCGGCGCAGCGGCGCGUGUGUCCCCGCGGCACCAAGUCCCUUUGCCAGAAGCAGCUGCUCAUCCUGCUGUCCAAGGUGCGACUGUGCGGGGGGCGGCCCGCGCGGCCUGACCGCGGCCCGGAGCCUCAGCUCAAAGGCAUCGUCACGAAACUGUUCUGCCGCCAGGGUUUCUACCUCCAGGCGAAUCCCGACGGGAGCAUCCAGGGUACCCCAGAAGACACCAGCUCUUACACCCACUUCAACCUGAUCCCUGUGGGGCUCCGUGUGGUCACCAUCCAGAGUGCCAAGCUGGGUCACUACAUGGCCAUGAACGCUGAGGGGCUGCUCUACAGCUCGCCACAUUUCACAGCUGAGUGUCGCUUUAAGGAGUGCGUCUUUGAGAAUUACUAUGUCCUGUAUGCCUCUGCUCUCUACCGCCAGCGUCGUUCUGGCCGGGCCUGGUACCUGGGCCUGGAUAAGGAGGGCCGAGUUAUGAAGGGAAACCGAGUCAAGAAGACCAAGGCAGCCGCCCACUUUGUGCCCAAACUCCUGGAAGUGGCCAUGUACCGGGAGCCUUCUCUCCACAGUGUCCCUGAGACCUCUCCUUCCAGUCCCCCUGCGCCCUGAAGUGUAGUCCCCGGACCGAAGGCUCCCUGCAGCUGCACUGAGCCAGCCAUCACCACAGCCUGACUUCCAGCCCUCUUCCUGGCCCUGCUCUUACCCCCCUGCCACACUCAUGUCGUCAGUAGCCAGGUCCCUCCAGGUGCUCUACUCUGACAGAACCUAGAGACUGGCUGUGACUUCCGGGGCUGCCGAGACCUGUAGAUCCUUUGGAGCAGGGAUGACCGAACAUAGCUUUGACCGAUCACUUUUUUCCUUUCAUACGCACAUACCCUCCAAGCCUUUUCCUGAGGUGGCACUGGAGGGUUCCCAAACUGACAGAACCAAGGUAUAAAUACUCCUCAGCACAGGCUCCGCCAGGUUCUGGAGUCUUAUGCCCUUUUCAUUGCCACUGAGCCAUAGAUUUAUAGGUCCACUUGAGCUCAGGAUUAGUUUCCUUCUUUCCCGACUCCACCUUCUGCCUUGUUCUGGACAGGUUCUAGAUACCGUGCAUACCAGUCAGGACCAUUUCUGUACUAGGGCUCUGUACUGGAAUGCAGAUAUUCUGAUAUUCUGCUAGGCUCUGUUCUGGAUCCAUCAGGCUUCUGUCCUUGACCCAAACGGACCCCUAGUUUUCAAGUAGAGAGAAGCUAUAUUUGAAUCCUGUCCAGCUAUUGGCUUUGGCCUGAACUAGGACCAGUCUCAGAUGACCACAAGUUUGACUUUCUUUCUCUUUUUUUAACUAAAAAAAAAAAAAUUGGGCCACACCCGGUGGUCAGGGGCUACUCCUGGCUGGGUGCUUGGGGGUCGCUCCCGGCGGUGCUCGGGGAACCAUGUGGUGCCGAGUAUUAAACCUGGACCUCCUGCAUGCAAAGCAUGUGCUCCCACACACUGAACUAUCUCUCUAUUCCAAAUCUAACCUUCUUAUCCCAGAGACACCCAAUUCCAGAGUAUGGUGUUCUAAGAGAUGCCAGGAGCCAAACUUCCUUCUGAAUCUCAACUCUAGUAUAUAGACCACAAUCCUUUGCCCUUCCCUCCAGGAUUGGACUGGAGCCAAUAUAGCCAUAUUAUUGCUCUAGAGUAAAUUCUAGACCCUAUCUCCUACAUUCUCUAAUGAUAUUUUUUAAAGGAUGAGCUAUGGAAAAAAAUCCAGUUAUAAUUCGUAAGGAAGUAAGUUCAGGAUAAAUCAAGAACCAAUUCUUGCUUUUCAAUAAUUAAAAAGAAAUCUUAUUCUUCCUAUAGACUACUAACCUUAUUUUCACAUGCAGUUUUUUAGCUCUUGCAACUCAGAAGGCAUCUGCCAGGGAAACAGAAUGUGAGGAAGGGCAGAGAAGUUUUGAAAGGAAUUCUGGCUCAUAGUAGGGAAGUUGGGAUGAGGAAGAGACCACAUAACCAUGACCUGAUUGAAUCUGUGCCUGGGUUGGGGGGAUAUGAACACUUAGCUACCUCAGCAGGAAUUCCUUCCAGGUCCCCUUUAAAGUUGAGGUUUUUAGGGUAAUGGGUCUAGAACAAAAAGGACAAACAGGAGAUAGCCUUGGCCAUCCCAGUAAGGAGAGCCCAGAGUCCUAUCUAUCCGUAAGCUCCACCGCCCUUCUCCAGUACAGAUCAGGUCAAGAAGGGUGAAGGCCAAUUGAUCUCUAGACCUCAUUAUACCUCCAGAGCUUCUAAUUAAGUAGAUCCUGCUUCACCUUACAGCUUAUAACCUCAGCUGGGUUUUUACUACCCAGAAAGGGUCUGCCUAGGUUUUUCUAAAAAAAAAAAAAAAAAAUGCGGAGAGCUAGAGGUAGGCCUGAUAAAAGGAACUCACUAAUGCUUUAGGAGGCUCUGAGUCUCAGACUUAGGCAAGGUAGACUGAGAGGCCCUAAAAAGGGUCAGGAAGGAGGUCAUUUUCUUCAGGCUCUAUUUCUGGCUUAAUGCAAGAGGGGUAAAUGCUCCCCUCAUCCACACCGAUCCCCCCAACUCCUCCCCUGCCCCACCCAUCUCCGGGCACUGCCCUAGGGGACUGGAUUUCCACUCCUUGCUUUCUCAAUUAAAGACAAUUUUUA